AUGGCGCCCAGCGAAGAUGCCGUGGUAACCAACUCAUCACCCAAACCGACCUCUGGCCUUCUCGCACCGCAUCAAGUCUCAAAAUGGACUCCCGAGACCGUCCUCUCCACCAUGGCUCCGCUAGAAAAGAAUUCGUCCUCGCCCGUUCCGUUCUUCCACCUACUGGAGCGUCUAAAGACAACCAAGCGUGAGGGCUGGCGCAGAUUCGGCAUCAACCACGGCGAAUCUAUCUCGGAUCACAUGUAUCGCAUGUCCAUCAUCACCAUGCUUUGCCCUGCCUCCCUCUCGUCUCGUCUCGACGUACCACGCUGCACUAGAAUGGCUCUGAUCCACGACAUGGCCGAAGCCCUCGUUGGCGACAUUACACCAGUCGAUGGCGUGCCGAAGUCAGAAAAGAACAGAAGAGAGGCUGAAACUAUGGACUACAUCUGCUCGACUCUGCUUGGCAAGGUUGGCGGUGGCCUUUCGGGACAGGAGAUGCGCGCUGUGUGGCAAGAAUAUGAAGACAGCCAGACUCUUGAGAGCAAGUUCGUUCACGAUGUCGACAAGAUUGAGCUUCUGCUUCAGAUGAUGGAGUACGAGCGUUCUCAUCAAGGCCGCAUCGAUCUCGGCGAGUUCUCAUGGGUCGCCCAAAAGAUCGAGUUGCCUGAAGUCAAGAGCUGGUGCAACGACUUGUUGCGCGAGAGAGAAGCUUUCUGGGCUGAGUUGAACAAGAAGCCCACAGGCAGCACCUUGAACGAGGAGCAGGAGAAGCAGCACCAACAGUAUUACAGCAAGAACGGUAGCCCAUCCGCUUGA